AUUUAGUUUGAACAUAACGCCUACCUGUUUCUCUCUCUAAAAAAAAGUUAGCAGUACUUGUCUGCUGGCAGUAUCUCAGAGCUUAGUUCUGUCCUGUAGUUGAAAAAAUAGCAGUACUGUACAAAAUUGGUUGUCAAAUUAGACCACUUAUCUAUCUCUUAUUCUCAAAUCUCAACCAUUUGAGUUACAAAAAUAAUCUCUUUUUUCGGUAUAAAAUUCUAAAUUUUGCCCAAACUUUAAAAAGAGUUCAAAGAUCACCUGAAGAGUUACUCUCAAAUUGGUAUUUUGCAGUUUCAAGAGGGUUCUUUUUAGCCGUUUUCAAGCUCAUCAACUUGUCUCUGUUCAUGGAAUUGGAGAAGCAUAGGUAUAGAAGCUUCCUCUGAAAGUUGCUGCCCAGUAUCACUUCUAGUUGCUGGUUAUCCAUUGUCUUUGGUUUUAAUUUAUGCUUGGACUUUUGGGUUUUUGCUGGGAAGUUGGGGGAAACUACAGUAGCUUAUACACAUUCGAUAGAGGGUGAAAACCUGGUCAAGAGGGGAUAUUGGAAUUGGUAGCUACAAACACGAAUUAAUGGCUUCUGUUAAUGAGGAAACUGAAAAUAGAGGUAGUAUGUGGGAUUUGGAUCAGACGCUCGAUCAACCCAUGGAUGAGGAGGCUGGAAAGCUUAAGAAUGCAUACCGAGAAAAGAAAUAUUCAGCACUAUUGCUUCUGCGGUUGGCUUUUCAGAGUCUUGGGGUAGUGUACGGGGACUUGGGCACAUCUCCAUUAUAUGUUUUCUACAAUACAUUUCCGCGUGGAGUGAAAGAUCCAGAUGAUGUGAUUGGAGCACUCUCAUUGAUAAUAUACUCCCUGACUCUUGUCCCAUUAUUGAAAUAUGUUUUCAUUGUUUGCAGAGCAAAUGAUAACGGUCAAGGGGGGACAUUCGCUCUUUACUCAUUGCUAUGUCGACAUGCAAAUGUAAAUACAAUCCCUAACCGGCAUAGAACUGAUGAGGAUUUGACAACGUAUAGUCGUGGUAGAUUCCAUGAAAAUUCAUUUGCCUCGAAAACCAGGCAAUGGCUGGAGAAACAUUCCUCUAGGAAGAAUGCACUUCUACUCCUUGUUCUUGGUGGCACCUGCAUGGUAAUUGGAGAUGGAAUUCUCACUCCAGCAAUAUCAGUUCUUUCAGCUUCUGGUGGGAUCAAGGUAGACCACCCCAACUUGAGUAAUGGUACUCCUCUUUCUUUCUUUUAUGUGCUGAUCAUAUCUUCAUCUGUUCUUUUAGAACAUCGCGGAGCUGCCGUAUUUUACCAGAUUUUGACAUGUUUUAGCUGCUACUCCCCCCAAAAUAUUGUCCUAUGUUUCUGGUUUGCAGAUGUGGUUGUGCUUGUAGCUGUUAUAAUACUGGUGGGUCUGUUCAGCUUGCAACAUUACGGUACCGAUAAAGUUGGGUGGCUCUUUGCGCCAAUUGUCUUGCUUUGGUUUCUGAUGAUUGGAGGUAUUGGUAUAUUCAACAUAUGGAAAUAUGAUAGCAGUGUAUUGAAAGCCUUUUCACCAGUCUAUUUAUAUCGCUAUCUCAAAAAUGGAGGGAAAGAUGGAUGGACCUCCUUGGGGGGAAUCAUGCUAAGUAUUACUGGGACGGAAGCACUGUUUGCUGACUUGGCUCAUUUUCCCGUGUUGGCUGUACAAAUAGCAUUCACAGUAAUUGUAUUCCCCUGCCUUCUUCUAGCAUAUUCUGGACAAGCGGCGUAUCUAGUAAAUCAUCAAGACCAUGUGGUAGAUGCAUUCUAUCAUUCGAUUCCAGAUAGCAUAUAUUGGCCAGUAUUCGUUGUAGCAACUUUGGCCGCCAUUGUUGCUAGUCAGGCAACCAUAUCUGCGACAUUUUCAAUUAUAAAGCAGGCUCUUGCUUUAGGCUGCUUUCCAAGAGUGAAGGUAGUACACACUUCAAAGAAAUUUCUUGGGCAAGUAUACAUUCCAGAUAUCAACUGGAUUCUUAUGAUCCUUUGCAUAGCUGUAACUGCUGGAUUUAGGAACCAAAAUCAGAUUGGAAAUGCUUAUGGUACAGCAGUUGUGAUAGUCAUGCUAGCCACCACGUUCCUCAUGAUUCUGAUCAUGUUGUUGGUUUGGCGGUGGCACUGGAUACUCGUUCUCAUCUUUACUGCUUUGUCAUUAUUGGUGGAGUUGACCUACUUCUCAGCUGUUCUGUUCAAAAUUGAUCAAGGUGGAUGGGUUCCACUUGUCAUAUCUGCUGUCUUUCUCAUAGUCAUGGUGGUUUGGCACUAUGGAACUGUGAAACGUUAUGAGUUUGAAAUGCACAGUAAGGUCUCAAUGGCCUGGAUUCUCGGCCUUGGCCCAAGUUUAGGCUUGGUAAGGGUACCGGGAAUCGGACUUGUCUACACCGAGCUAGCCAGUGGUGUCCCCAGCAUUUUUUCUCACUUUAUCACAAACUUGCCAGCCAUUCAUUCAGUGGUAGUUUUUGCCUGUGUAAAAUACCUUCCAGUAUAUACAGUCCCAGAAGAUGAAAGAUUUCUCGUGAAAAGGAUUGGACCCAAAAACUUCCAUAUGUUCCGUUGUGUUGCAAGGUAUGGUUAUAAGGACCUCCAUAAAAAAGAUGAUGAAUUUGAGAAGAAACUCUUUCAUAAUCUAUUCAUGUUUGUUCGUCUGGAGUCUAUGAUGGAAGGGUGUACUGAUUCUGAAGAAUACAGUCUGUACGGUCAGCAAACAGCUGUGUCAAGAGACUGCCUUUUGGACAAUGGCAAUACAAUGUCUAGUUUUGAGCAAACAAUUGAAUCCGGGGAUUCCAUUGUGCCUGCCAGUUCUCCCUUGCGACAACUAAAUUUAAGGCCAAGGUCAUCCGGGCAGACGAGCAGCCAGAACGAGAUUGAUGAAUUGGAGUUCUUGAAUAGUUGUAGAGAUGCUGGAGUGGUGCAUAUAUUGGGAAAUACUGUGGUGAAAGCAAGAAAAGAUUCAAGUUUGUAUAAAAAGAUUGCUGUUGAUUAUAUAUAUGCAUUUCUUAGGAAGAUUUGUAGGGAGCAUAGUGUAAUUUUUAAUGUCCCGCAUGAGAGUCUAUUAAAUGUCGGACAAGUAUUUUAUGUAUAACAUUAUUUGAUUGCUGCCAUUAAUAAAGGAAAAUAAGUUUUUCAAUAAA